UUGGUCAGGAGCACUUCCAAAGAUACAGAACUUCACAGAGAAAAAUCCUGGUGCUGAAACUGAUCCCUGAGUUAGAAUUCUGAGUGAUAGCAGCCCCAGAUACCUGCUGUCCUUGUACACAUGUUCUAAAAUCAUCUUAAAAAUGAUUUGUGCUGCCACUGACCUGGCCCCGUGCUGGGAGGAGCUCUGGGUGAAAGUUCUUGUUCUCUAAAAGGAGCUGGAAUCCCCCUUUCACCAUAAAGCCUCGGCAAGUGUUGAAAGAGUUUGGGUCUGGGGAAAAUGGUUGGGCAGGAAAUGCGUCACAAGCUCCUGGAAAACUCCCUCAGCUGCUUGUGUCAGCACUCAGCCUGAGCAGGGAAAUGGGUUCGUUUACUCCAGGGGAGUUCUGCCCUUCCAGAACUCUGUUUGAUUUUUUAUUCUGUGAAGGAAUUUGUUAAAAACCCCAGCAAAGCACACAAAUAAACUCCUCCUGUGUGUGCUGUGAUUUAUGUCCAUAAACCCAAGUGGGCAGGCUGGGGGUGCCUGCACUCCCAUUUCUCAGUAGGGUGUUCUUACACUUCAGUACCUCAGCUCACCAAAAUGCUGUUUCUAGAGGCAGGAACCUUGCUUUAAGCCCACCUUAACUAGGGCUGCCUUACUUUUUUUAGACUAGCAGUUCCAGAAAAUGCAGGUGUCUUUCAUGGUUUCCUGUUUUUUGUCAAUUUAAAUUUAAAAACUGAAGUUGCUUAACUUCCACAAUUGUGAAAGCCCACAUUUGAUUGACAUUUGAGUUUUCAGCUGGUGUGACAGAUUGUUCUCACAAAGCAAGUGCUUAAACUGGUGUGCUGACACCUGGGGAGAUUUCCAGCAGCACUUCCAUGGUGGGAGCUUCUCUUCCUGUCAAUUAGUGCUGUGAGAGAAUGGGAGGCCUUUACUCAAAAGCAGAUCCAGUUGAACCAAAAACCGUUUCUACUACUACCACUGUCCCCAGCACUGUCCCUACCACCGUCCACACCCCUACAGAUGAUUUCAAAGCUGCAGAAGCCAGAUGCUGGAUUAAUAACCAUGAAAUACUCUACAUGUCACUGGCCUUCAUCUCUGGCAUCCUCCUGACCCUCCUGGUUUUUGCAAUCAUCUUCCUCUUCAGGAAAAGUUCCAAAAGAUCCCACCAAAAUUUACAAGAGGAAACUGUAUUCCAGAUGACAGCUGAGGAAUCUCUUAGGAACACCCAGAAUGAAGUGACCUACAGCACCCUGGUCUUCCAGCAGGGCAGGACACCACUGCCUGUGUGAUGAGGAAGUUCCAAAUGAAAUAAGAAUGUUCCCACUCUCUGGACAGCAACAGCCACGAGGAUGUUACACCGAGGAAUGCCCUGGGAAUGCCCCCAUGCCCUCUGUAACACAGCUCUUUUUGUAGUUAUGACAGGAAAUCGUCUCCUGUUCCAAAGUGGCUGCCAACAGCUGUGGGCAAAUGGAGAGUUUCUGUACAGGAUUUCCUCGUCUGUGGAAAUCUCCCUGCCCUUGUAAAGGUUCCGUUUGUGACAACUACCAGUGAGAACUGAGAAAUGAAAAUGUUUCUCUGCAUCUAUCCAUGUGAUCUAUAGCAUGCCUUUAUGUUUCCCUUUUCUCUCACCAACUCUAAUAUUUUUUUUUUUUUGGAUUGCCAAGUGCUCUGCUUAGUUAUUUUCUGGUAUUGAAGUGAUGAUAAUGAAAUGUUUGGAUCUCUGCUUCCUGGCUGGAUCCCAUAAAGAAAUGCACAAUCACAGCGUGACAACCAGAA